GCAAAGCUGUCGUGCCCCUAUCAUCCGGAAGCCAAUUUGGUGGAUGACUAUAGAGCUGGUGAUUUGAUUUGUCCGGAGUGUGGAUUGGUUGUUGGUGACAGAGUUAUUGAUGUUAGUACGGAAUGGCGGUCCUUUUGUAAUGAAAAAUCUUCAAGCGAUCCAUCUCGCGUUGGUGCACCAGAAAAUCCUCUUUUUGGAAGUGCAGAUUUAUCCACUUCUAUUGCUGUUGGUUUUGGUGCAUCUGAGGAUGAUCAAAGCUUAGCAAAUGCGCAGCGAAAAAAUAUGAAUAAUACGGAAAGGCAAAUGUCUCAAGGGUUAAGUGUUAUUCGUGAAAUGACAUCUCGAAUUCAUCUUCCAAAAUCCAUAGAAGAUAAUGCAGCGAAGAUUUUCAAAGACGUUUUGGACAGUAAAGCUCUUAGAGGAAAGAAUAAUGAAGCUCAAGCUGCUGCAUGUUUGUAUAUAGCCUGCAGAAAAGAAGGUGUACCAAGGACGUUCAAAGAAAUUUGUGCUGUUUCACGAAUCUCGAAAAAAGAAAUCGGUCGUUGUUUUAAACUUAUUCUUCGCACGUUGGAAACUAGUCUUGAACAAAUCACGAGCGCAGAUUUUAUGUCUCGGUUUUGCGGUAGUUUGGGUUUGCCUCAUAUCGUUCAAGCAGCAGCCACAAGAAUCGCUAAAAAAGCUGUUGAAUUGGAUUUGGUUGCAGGGCGUAGUCCCAUAUCAAUUGCAGCUGCAGCAAUUUAUAUGGCUUCACUGGCUUCAAAUGAAAAAAAGACAGCUAAAGACAUUGGGGAGAUAGCUGGUGCAGCAGAAGUGACUGUUAAGCAGACUUAUAAGUUACUCUAUCCGAAAGCAGCUGAACUUUUCCCUCUUGAUUUCAAAUUUGCGACAAGUAUUGACGAUUUACCACCGUCAUAG